AUGGUAAAGAAUAGCUUAUAUAAUAGUCAAAAGUAUCCGUGGCAUCUACUUACACUAUAGGGGAAUCAAUAUCAUCUCUAGAUAUUAGUUAAGAAUACACAGCUGCAGGUUUAUUAGAUGAAACAGUGGCAUUAUGGAAGGAUAAGAUUGGAAGGGCAUUUCUUAGGAAUUGUGGAUGUCAAAUUCUCAAAUAAUGGGGAAUUACUUGCAGUAAGUUCACUCGAUAGCGUUAUACGUAUUUGGGAUUUAAAGAAAAGCAUAAAAGCAAAAGAGAUAGUCUGUGAUUAGAUGGAGAAUUGGAAUAUUUGUUGGUUGAAAAAUUAUAUAUGUACUGCUGGAGAAGGAGGAAGAUUGUCUAUCUUUGGUAUUGAUCAAAAUCAAGAGGAAAUCCCAGUGUUUUCUGUUGAAAAUUCAUUUGCCUCCGCUUUGGCUGCAAAUAAUGCAAAUAUUGCUGUGGGAACAGAUAGUGGGUCAUUGCAUAUUGUUGAAGAUCCUAUUGAAAAGAGAAAAUUGCAUUCGAAAAAAGUUCAUAAAAAAAUGGUGAGAUCUGUAAAAUUUAGUAAUGAUGGUUUUAAAGCCUUUUCUAGUUCAGAUGAUGGAGAUAUCAAAUUAACUGAUUUAACUAAAAUGAAAGAGAUUAAGACAUUUUAACAUCAUUAUUCUGUCAAUUCAAUCGAUGUUAAUCCAAUAGAUGAUAAAUUAGUUGUCAGUUGUUCAUCUGACUACAAAGUUAGAUUAUGGGAUACAUCAUCUGGAUAAUGUAUUGAAUAAUUUAAUCCCUUUGACAAAAAGGAUGACAAAUUAUGGGCUGUCAGAUUCAAUAGGGAUGGAUCUCUAAUUGGAGUUUGUUCAUAAUAAGGUUAAUUAAGUUUCUACAGUAGAAAUUGA